AUGAGUACUAGAAAAAUAUAGGUUGUUCUUCUAUUGUGUUUGCUGUAACUAGUUAAUAUUAGAGCAGAUACACUUAAUUGUUUAACUUCUGCAGGACCAGUUGAUUUUAAUAGUCUUUGUAAGGAUUACAAUCUAUGUAAUACAUGUAAGAAUGGUCAAAUAGUUUGUCAAAAUUCAAAGCCUGCCCUCACAUGCACUUCAUGUAAUCAGUUUUAAUUCCUACUAAACGGAAUUACAUAUUGCUCAUCAACAGCAGGAUGUGCUCAACUAGAUAAAGCUAUGGGAUAUUGCUAGAAAUGUACCUACAACUACUAUGCUAAUUUUAAACAAAAUAGCCCAACAGAUCUAGAAAUUUAAUGUUCAUAGUCUCCUAUAAAUUUGUUAACAGUUAUGAGCAGUUUGAAUUCUCUAACCGGAUACUCACCAAACUUAGUUUUUCAAACAAAGUUAGAAAUUAUUUACAAAUAUGCAAUUUUAGUUUUAGGCAACUCCUAGUUAGUAGAAUAAGUGAGAUCAAUUUGGUUUUUCUCAAAAGACGUAGAGGAAUGUGGUGGAGCUAAUUCAAGCACCCAAAUAUAUUAAAACUGCUAAUGUACUAACAAUUUAUACGGAUCUAGAUGCCAACUUUAGCAGACAGCAGCUACUUAAGCAAAUAACGAAAUCCAAAAGAAUAUCAUUCCUGCAUUGAAUGAUCUAUAAAGUGCUUUUUCUAAGCUACAAACAAAUUAGCUCUAACUUCAAUAUGCAUACUAAAUCAUUUUUAUUUUAAGAGUUUUAGCAGAAGUAGCUGAUGGAUUUGAUGUCACUACCUAUCAAAUGUUUUACACUCUUCAGAGCAGCUUUAUCUCUGCCAUUCUUGCCUAGAAUACUGUUUAUGGUUUAAGCUACUGGCUUGAUCUUAAUCCUUUAACAAACUCAAAAGAUCCUUCAAUCACAAAUUUCAGUGUUUUGUUUUCUUUUUACAGUACCUUUGCUGAUAGACUUUCUCAGACAAUUGAUUAAACAUUAUUAAGUCAAUUAAGUUCGACAUCUUCAAAUUUAGUUACACCUGAUACUAUAAUUAUGGAUCAAAUAAAAAAUUACUAUCAGUAGAUUAUAUAAAAUGGAUUUGCUACUAACUAACUUGUUAUACUAAAAGCUACAAAGUUAGAAUUAUAUUUCCAACUCAAUAAUGUAAAUUCUAAUGCUUAGACAUAAUAAACUUACUCUAACCUUGAUCAAGUGUCUGAUUUUAGUUUCAUGAGUUUAGAAUCUUUAAGUUCAAUAAAGUGUAAUGCAAACGAGCAACUUUACCCCAGAUUCUUUAUUUCAAAAAAAGCAUUCUCUCAAAUAGUUUCAUCUACUCAACCUUCUUAAUCAUAGACUUUUCAAACACUUUUCUUUAUCAACCAAUUUUCUUCUAAUGUAUAUUAAUACGAGGACUCAAGCGUUAACUCUCCAAUAGUAUAAGCCAGAUUCCUUUAUGGAGUUUCCUAAGCAAAGAAAUUUGAUGACUUUUAAUUUGCACUUCAAUAAGAUUAUGUUGCAGUUUUAAUUCCAAAAUUCAAAACACAUCAAUACCUGAGUGGAGCUACUAGCUCUGUAACUUGUAUGGUAUUAGAUGAAAACUCUAACAAAUGGACAAGCAGCACUGAAUUAGGAGUUGAUAAUAGUUAAACUAUAAAUUGUGAUACACAUGUCAUUUGCUAUUAUAAUUUGCUUUAAAAUUUUGGUAAAAACAUUAAGCUUGGCUACAAGAUCACAAUCAGCACCAAUGAACUGAAUGAUGAAUUCUUCGAAAGAGUUCAUGGAGAUUGGUGGAGGACUUCUGGCUUUAUUAUUACAUUCAUUUUAUUAGGUUUAUUGAUACUAUUUAUGGUACUCUUUUUAUUUGUGCCAUCUUUGAAUUCUUUAGAGGCUCCUAAGAGAAAAAUUUAAAUUUAAGAACAAGAAUUACAAAACAAAAGAUUAAAUAAGUACAAUGAUAAUAAUAACAAUAAUAAUCAUCUAUAAACCGAAGGUCUAGACACUGAAUAAAGAUUUUAGACUGAAUAAAAUGCAGGACGACAAGAUAUCUACGCAAUUCAACAAUAAUAAUAUCAACAGGAAGAUUAAUAUUCAAAUGCAAAUAUCAUAGAGACAACUGAAAUGGAUGCAAAUAUGACUUUCUCAUUCUAUAGCAUAGUUCACACCUAAGAAAGAAAAUAUAAGAUUUAAAAGAUAACUAUUUUAAUUAUGUCCUGGCACUUUAUGGCUUGCUUCUUAGGAGUUAUGUACAGAAAACUUUAUUGGAGUAACUCAAACAUCGUAGUUGGUAUUGUAUACACUAUUAUAGCUAGUUGGUUUGCUGGUUAUAUUUGGGGUUUUAUUGCAGUAAAGUUCAGAAGAACCGUUGAAGGAUCUCCUAGUGUCAGCACCCUCUAUUAUAUUAUUUAUAUUUGCUUGUUUAUCUUUUUGUUCUUUAUUGAGCUUUAAGCAACUGAGUAUUACUAUGAUUAUCCUAAUAGAUAGAAAUGGCAUGGGGUAGGAUUCCUAUUGUGUGUUCUCUUUGACUAUUUCUUGUUUGAUAUCAUAUUGCUUUUUAUUUAUCAAUAUCUCUCAACUCAUUAACAAGCGUUUUUCCAUAAAUUAGGAAGCAUUUUGAGACAUAGAGGCUAUUAUUAACAUUGA